AUGGAGGCCAGAUGUCAAUGCGGUUCUGUGACUUUCAAAACUCCCCUGCCUCAGCCUCUUGCUCUCUACAUCUGUCACUGCGAUGCUUGUAGACGACAAACAGGCUCGGCAUUUGGCACUUCUGCCAUCUUUCCGAGGUUUGAACUGCCUGAUUCGGAUCUUUUGAGUGUCUACAGUCGACCUACAGCGUCAGGGCAUCAACUCUACUGUUACUUCUGUCGCAAAUGCGGAACUCGUCUCAUCCAUUCAACUCCUUCCAAAAACGUCAUAUCCGUCAAGGGAGGCUGCCUCGACGGUCUGGACUGGAAACGUGCGGUACACAUCUGGACAAAGACCGCAAUGGUUCCUAUCCCCGAGGGUUCUGAAACCCACUCGGAGGAGUCAGGAUAUACCGACUACGGGUCUACCCAGGAAGAGCUGGAUCAGCCUGGAGAUUUGGUAGGAAGCGCUGGUUGCAACGUGCCUCCUAGCCAAAGGCCUUCUGCGAGUUCUGUUGAGGUGAAUGGGGAUCUCAACUAA